AUGGGAGACGACCUGGAGCGGCUAUCCAACCACGAGUUCGGGGAUAUAGCAGAUGAUCGAGUAUCUAUGUCGAGGGAAGACCGAGCAGCCCUGGCUACGGUCGUCAAAACGACACGAUACAACGGAACCCAUUUUGAAGUGCCGUUACCCUGGCGAACGGGAUUCAAUCGACUGCCCGAUAACCUCAAGGGACGACUGAAAAGAAACGUGCAGUUGAAGGAAGCCUAUUGUAACGCCAUGAAACGAAAUCUAGAUUUGGGCUAUAUCGAACGCGCAGUGGGAGAAGCCGAAAAAGAGCAACCAUUAUGGUACCCUCCGCACCACCCAGUUUAUAAAACUAAAGGAACCUCAAAACACCAGGGUUGUUUUCCAGGAAAUGAUCAUGCAGGUUAA